GAGCAUAAAAUGUAUUAGUGUUUUUUUGAGUUUCUCAAACAUAAUUUAACACAUAAAGUUUAACCAACAUAUACAAAAUAUUCACGAUGAAAUCUAACAUGAGUGCCGUUUUAUUUGCAAUUUAUUUCUUUGGUCUUGUCGUUUCAUCAAAUGCGAUGGAAACGGACGCCAUAGAAAAUCUGAAAUCAAAUCUUUAUGAUUAUUAUUUAUUGAAAUGUUAUGUACGACCAGAUAUAGCAAGCCCUUCCACGUACAACUUGCACCCAAACUAUCUUAACGCUGUUAACGCUGCAAAAGUAUUAUUAUUAGAGGGCAACAUUGGCGGUGGACGUACUAAAUUAAUCAAUGCAACUAAAGCUAUGAUUAUCGAUAGACCAGACCUGAUCGAAAACCAACCACUACUGGAAAAUCACAUUAACAACAAUUCUGGUCUUAACGAAAUUGUUCUACAAAAAAUAGAAAAAGUCGUCAACUCGUUUGUAAAUGACGUAGCAAAGGAGUAAUAAAUUCAACAUUUAUCUUUUAUAAAACAAAAAUAUUGUUGAUUUGAAAAUGAUAAUAAUUUUGUUUAUUUGAUUGAAUUUAAAAUAUUUUGCUAGAUACAAUAAACUAUAUUAUAUAUAAAA